UAUAUAUGUCUAUAUAUCAGGCAUAUUACACCUUGUCGAAGUCCAAACUUGUAAAAAACCCUCCAGAAACACGAACAGUGAUCCGCUUGAGAAACCUUCAUCGAUCAAUUCCCGCUAGAUUGAUUCAACAUGUUCGGAGAAAGUAUAAUCUCGGAGUCUGACUUUGCUGUUUUAGAGUCGAUAUGGCAAAAUCUUGUAGACAAUGAUAUACAUGAAAGUACUGCUACAUCAGUUUCUGCGAAAGUUUACGAGAAUCAUGAUGAGGCAUCGUUGCACUGUCGGAGCUCAAACUUUAGCAGUAGUAGUAGUCUCUUUCUAAAGGAUAGCUGGGGUGACUUGCCGUUGAAAAUGGAUGAGACGACGGACGACAAGGUCGUUUACGGUUCUUUACGCGAUGCAAUCGAUGUUGGAGGUCGCGCUCCGUUGGUGCAGAAUAAUUACGAUAUAACAAUGGGAACAGAUAUCAUGAGUACUGAAUCCAUCAAUAAUCAAGAGCCUCAGGUUCCGAGGAUUGAGAUGCAAUAUAGGGGAGUGAGGAGGAGGCCGUGGGGGACAUAUGCGGCAGAGAUAAGGGAUUCGGCAAAGAACGGCGCCAGAAUGUGGCUAGGGACAUACGAGAGUGCCGAGGAUGCUGCUUUGGCCUAUGAUCGAGCCGCCUUUAAAAUGCGCGGCUCAAAAGCAAAGCUCAAUUUUCCUCACCUUAUUGGCUCACAUGAUUGGAAGCCGAUGAAAGUGACAACCAAACGAAGCUUGCGGAAGCCAUCGACUCCGUCAAAACCAUGCGAUGGCUCUGAUCAGGAGCCUAAGCUGAAAAGGAACAAAAUUAUUGGCACACCAUUUUAGAUAUUUUUUGGGUUGGUGCAUGAGACUGUUUCUCGCAUACUUUGUUAGUCACAUCCUUGCUUGUUAGGCAUGCAAGACAUCUGAUCAACGGAUGGGUGGAGAUUUAAAAUCAUUGUUACUUACUUUUGUAUAUGUUUUUUACCCUAAUAUAAUAAAGCCUCUUUAGA